AUGUAUACACGAUACAAAGUCUCUGACUUCAUUGAUACCAUCAAAUCAGAUGAGACAGCAGUGCGCUUGGUAGAACCAUCUUUGCGGACAUCUGAGUACCGACCCAUCAAUAUUUUCGUCAACUUUUAUUCAGAGCCAGAAUACAAAUUCAAAGUUCCAAGGACAAAUUUUUUUCCUCAGCCUAAUGUUGAUGCAGCUGUUGUUACGUUUAAGCUGAAGCAGGCUAGAGAAUAUCCUCCUGUUUCAUCCACCAAAAGUUUCUUCUCAAUGGUGAAUUCUGCAUUCAAUGGAAAACGUAAGAUGUUGCGGAAAUCCUUGCAGCACAUAUGCACAUCCCUAGAGAUUGAAAGCGCUCUUGGAAUUGCUGGUCUUCCAGCUACUUCAAGACCGGAGGAGCUUACCUUGGAUGAUUUUGUGAAAUUGCAUAAUAUAAUCGUCGACGUAUAGCAUGUCCAGACCCCUCUUAUGAGGAUACAUUGACUGCAAAUAUCCAAGAGGUAGGCGGAUAAACAUAUAGCAUCUUCAGCUUGAUUAAACUUCGAAAUGAUUAGAUUAUAUGAUGUGAUAUGAAUUUGUAGUGCAACCUAAAGAAUCCAUUAGCAUGAAUACUUCAAUCCUGUUUAAUAUAAUGAGUAUACAAACAUAAUAGAUA